AUGAUGGGCGCCAGUAAGAAGAAAGUUUGGUGCUACAGCCUGUGCUUGCUGACAUCUGUGCUUGUCAAUCUAUUAUUUUUCUCGACUCAACACUUGGGCAAGCAGAAGCAAAGGCUAACGUGGACCCAAGCAGCUGCGGAAGAAGCAGAAUCUGUGGCUCGGAUUUCGUGUUCGGGCCACGGCAGAGCUUAUCUGGACGGUUUAAUCAUCGACCGAAAGCCCAUCUGCGAGUGCAACGCCUGCUACGGAGGCCCCGACUGCUCUGUCUUCUCGCCCGACUGCCCUGCUGAUGCCGACAGUGGGGACCCACUGUUCCUGGAACCUUUCUGGGGGCGACACAUGGCCACAAGCGCGGUGGUCAUUGCGGGCUGGCACAGGAUGAGUUACACGUUCUCCGACACCUCACCUCUGUGGAUAACGCAAUCGCGGGAGCUAGAGAACCACAUCCGUAGGGUACACGUUGCCGCAGCUAACGCGAUCACGGAGGGCAAAUACGUGAUUUUCGGGGCCGGGUCCACACAACUUCUUGGGGCGGCUGUUUACGCCCUUUCUAUGAACUUGUCCUCGCCGGCAGCAGUGGUGGCGGCUUCCCCUUCAUACCCGAGAAAGGAUUAUAUGAGAAUGAAUGAUAGUGAAAGAAAUAAGAAUGUUUCUGCACCAUUGGAUCCAUCAAACCAAUGCUCAUGA